AUGGCAGAGAAAGGGAGACUCAGCUUCACCGGUUCGUCCGGCCUCAACAAACCCGUCCCUAUGAACCUCUUCGCCACCUGGGAGAUAGACGGCUCUUCGCCCAGCUGCAUACCCAGAUUGUGCAGUUUAACACUAAAGAAGCUGGUUGUCGUAAAGGAGUUGGACAAGGAACUUACGUCAGUUGUUAUUGCUGUUAAGAUGCAGGGCUCGAAAAGAAUUUUACGAUCGCAUGAGAUUAUACUACCACCUAGUGGUCUAGUGGAAACCGAUCUCGCACUAACAUUUUCACUUCAGUACCCUCAUUUCCUCAAAAGAGAAGGCAACAAGCUGCAAAUCAUGCUUCAGAGACGAAAGCGGUACAAGAACAGGACCAUCCUGGGAUACAAGACUUUGGCAGUUGGGUCCAUCAAUAUGGCAGAGGUGAUGCAGCAUCCAACGGAAGGUGGCCAGAUCCUCACUCUGCUCAGUAACCUCAAGCAAGCCGCAGUAAAAGUGGCUGAAAUCUGGAUCUUUGCACUGUCCAGCCAGCCAAUUGACCACGAGGAUAGUUCAAUGCAACCUAGUCCGAAGAUAAAAUCGACAGAUAACUAUUCAGAGGAAGAGUAUGAAAGUUUUUCUUCUGAACAGGAAGCGAGUGAUGAUGCAGUCCAAGGACAAGAUAUGGAUGAUGAUGAAUAUGAUAUGGGCAAGCCAAAAAAGCAACGGAGGACAAUCGUAAGAACAACCUCGAUCACAAGGCAACAGAACUUCAAGCAGAAAGUAGUUGCAUUACUGAGAAGGUUCAAGGUUUCAGAUGAGGUCCUUGAUUCGGAGCAGGAUCCCACAGACAAUGUACAGGAGGUGGAGGAGGACCUUGAUCUGCUGUACGACAGCUUGGAUGUGGAAAAUCCCAGUGACAGCGGCCCUGACAUGGACGAUGAUGACAGCGUCCUCAGCACUCCAAAACCAAAGCUCAAGCCCUACUUUGAAGGCUUGUCACACUCCAGUUCUCAAACUGAAAUUGGCAGUAUCCACAGCUUAAGAAGCCAGACCAAGGAGCCACCCAGUCCUAUAGAUGUACCUGAAAAGCUCAAGAACUCUGGAAGCAAGUUUCAUAUAGACAGCAUUUCCGAUACAUUGACAGUUGAUCAAAUACAACAGGAAGAGGCGGCAGCGGCAUCUGAAAGCAUUAGUGCAGACACUUUUCUAGAAAAGCUCCCUCCCAGUGGAAAAAUCACUAAGACUGAGUCUUUAAUUAUCCCUUCUACUAGAUCAGAAGGAAAGCAGGUGGGACGCCGUGGAAGAAGUACGUCCCUGAAAGAACGGCAGCCUGCAAGGCAGCAGAACGAACGGGCAAACAGCUUGGAUAAUGAGCGCUCACCGGAGCCACGGCAGCAUCUGCAGAUUCCUCGGAAAACUGUCUAUGACCAGUUGAAUCAUAUACUAAUUUCAGAUGAGCAGUUGCCAGAAAACAUAAUUCUGAUCAAUACAUCAGACUGGCAGGGACAGUAUGUGUCAGAGUUACUACAGAAACACAACCUCCCCAUUGUGUGCACGUGUUCCUCUGCAGAUGUACAAGCAGCAUUCACAACCAUUGUCUCCAGGAUACAACGCUUCUGCAACUGUAACUCCCAAACUCCAAACCCCAUUAAAGUGACUGUGGCCGGGGCCCAGCAUUACCUAAGCGCUAUUUUACGGCUUUUUGUGGAACAGCUAUCGCACAAGACUCCCGACUGGCUUGGCUACAUGAGGUUCCUCAUCAUUCCCCUUGGUUCUCACCCAGUGUCCAAAUACCUCAGCUCCAUAGAUUACAGGUACAACAAUUUCUUCCAGGAUGCAGCAUGGCAAGAUUUUUUCACGAAAACAGAGGCCCCUUCCAUAGUGCAGGAAAUACCGGAUGUUGUCGCUAGAGUUACCCAGUAUAUCUCCAAUGCAAAUAUCUCCCACCAAUUACCUAUAGCAGAAGCUAUGUUAACUUACAAGCAAAAAAGCCCAGACGAAGACUCCUGCCAGAAGUUUAUUCCCUUUAUUGGAGUAGUGAAAGUUGGAAUUGUGGAACAGUCUUCAGCGACAUCAGGUGAUUCAGAUGAUGCUACCACUUCAGGCUCCAGUAUCCUGUCUUCCACUCCUCCAACACUGUCUCCAGCAAUGAAAGAAGCUUCCCCUACCCCUCCUUCCUCACCCUCUGUCGGGAGUGGACUGUACUCAAGUUCACAGAGCCUCGGCCACAGCGGAGAACUGAUGGGACUGCAGGUUGAUUACUGGAUUGCGCAGCAGCUGGCUGACAAGAAGAAGGAUCCUGAGAAAAAGGAUGCCACGGCGAAGAACACACUAAAGUGUACCUUCCGUUCCCUCCAGGUCAGCAGGCUGCCCAAUGGCGGAGAAAUUACAACCCUGCCAACAAUGUCCAUGACAGUGGUGACAAAGGAGAAGAACAAAAAAGUGAUGUUCUUGCCUAAGAAGACAAAAGACAAAGAAUUGGAAUCUAAGAGCCAAGUGAUUGAAGGCAUCAGCCGAUUGAUCUGUACUGCAAAACAACAACAGACCAUGCUGCGAGUAACAAUUGACGGAGUGGAAUGGAACGAUGUAAAAUUUUUCCAGCUUGCUGCUCAGUGGUCAUCUCAUGUGAAAUAUUUCCCAAUCGGCAUCUUCAGUCAUUUGAAGUGCGUUUACUAAACCUUCCCAGCCACACUUGAAAUACUUAACUUGUAGCUGGACUGAGAUCCAGCAACUAGUCAGUGCCAAGAACCUAUUCCAAACUGGAGGUGCCUGCUUCUUGCGUGCAGUGUCAGAGCUUUGCAUUGAUUAAUUUUUUUUUAAAGAAUGGCCUGAGGCAAGGAAUAAAAUAAAUACCCUUAAAAGUCUUAUUGGAAGGUUGUGUGAGCAUAGUGAAGCACUGGUUCUUUGCAGUGGGAAUGGGAGGGUGCCUUUUGGAUACAUGUGUGGGCAACACACUUACCAUAUUUGCUCAUAGCCAUUACUUCUAUUUCUCAGCUCUCGCUAGAUAGGAGUGAAGCCUGCAGAUUAAAGUGCGAACCACAAAUCUCUGUAUUGCCUUAUGUUAUCCACGUAAGCCAAAAAACUGACUUAAGUUAGACAUUCUUGCAACAAACCAUUGUUGUAGUCCAUAGAAUCCUGACAGUGUAUUUUUUCUCCUGGAAAUGCUUUCUGAAUCAUGAGAGUGGUUAUUCUUUGCCAGAAGCCCUGAUAGCCAGUGCACCCUCCACUGCCUCCUCCCUUUCCCCAAUCCUCCAUUUCAAUUGUAGCUGCAUUCAGAGAGGGAUUCCAACAAGUGAUGUCUGGGGAUGAUUGCCUUUUGGUUAUUUGGUGUGUAUUUUUUAAAGUGACUUGCUUGUUAAGCGAGGCUCUUGGCUACAGUACUAUGCAGGGCUUUCGCAUGAGUAUAGUGCUUGUUAUCAUGGCAGCCAAAUAAGGGAGCUACCUUGGCUGUGCAGCCUUCAGGUAGCCCUCCAAAAGCUUCCCUCAACUUUGUAAGCCAGCAAGUAGGUUUGGUUUGCGAUGGUGACAGUAUAAACAGCAGCUCUUUUAUUGCAGUCACACCUCAUUUUAAUAAGGCUCUAAUGUAAUUUUUGUGAGGGGUUUAUUCAUUUUUUGAAAAUUCACUUUUGAGUGAGGUUAUGUAAUCGUGGUUGACUGAUGAGGAAAAAAAAUGAAUCAAAGUGCUGAGA